CGCUAAUAAGACCCAAUGGCUGGUGCAAGGUGGCCAGGAGCUCCGAAACGCGACAGAAGACGGUGGACGAAGGAGAGAAAGAGGAAGAAAAAAAAAUCUUAGGAGAGGAGAGAUAUUUCUGCACGGACUAAGAGGAUGAGAGCGCCACGGGAGCGUCCAUAGGAACUGCAGCGAGCAGUGGGGGCUUUUGGUGUGCGUCAGUUUGUGUGUCUCGUCAAAGGAACUGCGUAAAGAGAGGAGCGGUAAGUGACUAGAAAGCCACAAAAAAACACCUGCGUCGAGGCAGGUACCUGCGAAGGACGUAUGAUAAUGACUUUGAGUUCACAGCAGGGUUAGAAGCAGCUGAUAGUGGCGAAAUCUUUGGAGAGAAAGCCUGUUGUGCUUUUUUUUUUUUUAUUAAAUAGCUGGUGCCAAAGUUCAAAAUCUUGCAGCCAAUCAGAUCAGUCUAACUAAGUUUUGGUCAUCAAAGCAAUACAAGCAUAAAGUCUCACUUUGCACUGCACUUUUUUUUUAAAAAAAAGAGUGACUACAAUAAAGAGAAAUUCCUACAUGUCCCAACAAUUUUUGUCACCAUCAGCUCUGGCACCACAUGAUUUGGAAUGGACCAGGAUUUGACCCUCAUUCACAUGCCGUGUCACUGGGGUAUCACUGUGAGCCACUGACUCCUGGGAGCCCCAACUCUCCCCAAUGAAGCAGUCCUGGUGGGCCCGCCUGGCACAGCUCGGCCUGCUCACUGUGUGGACCUGCAUAUGGCUGGUCCAGGGGUGCGGACCGGGCCCUGGGUACGGCAUACGCUCCAGGCCCAGGAAACUCACAGCCAUGCACUACAAGCAGUUUUUCCCCAACUUCUCAGAAAACAACCUCGGUGCCAGCGGGAGAGCAGAGGGCAAGAUCACACGUAACUCUGAGCGCUUCAAUGAACUUGUGUGCAACUACAACCCAGACAUUGUCUUCAAGGAUGAGGAGAACACCAACGCAGACCGCUUCAUGACCAAGCGCUGUAAGGACUGUUUGAACAGGCUGGCUAUCGCAGUGAUGAACCAGUGGCCAGGGGUACACUUACGUGUGACAGAGGCCUGGGAUGAGGACGGCCACCACCCUCCCGGCUCUCUGCACUAUGAAGGCCGGGCCGUGGAUAUAACCACUGACGACAGAGAAACAGAGAAGUAUGGUCUUCUAGCCCAGCUGGCUGUGGAGGCUGGCUUUGACUGGGUCCACUACGAGUCCAAAUAUCAUAUCCACUGCUCAGUAAAAGCUGAUCACUCUGUUGCAGUGGAAAAAGGUGGCUGUUUCCCAGGCUGGGCCCGGGUGACGGUUGCUGGAGGGGUGCAGAAGAGCCUGUCGUCCCUGGCUCCAGGGGACAGAGUCAUGGCCUUGUCUGGGACAGGCCAAGUUGUGUUUAGCCAAGUCCUCUUGUUCCUACACCGGGACCAAGAAAGCUGGUCUACGUUUCUGUCUCUGGAGACAGAAGAUGGCCAUAGAUUGGCCCUCACUCCACAUCACUUGGUCUUUUUAGCUCCCCACUGCAAACUCGACAGCAGCGAGUAUGUGGCUCGGUUUGCAAGCAGAGCCAAAACAGGAGACUGUGUGCUCAUCCAUUCAGCAGGGGGUCAAGUCCGUCCAUCUCGAAUCAUCUCAGUGUCAGUAGAGGAGAGUGUGGGAGUGUAUGCACCCUUGACAGAAGCUGGAACUGUGUUUGUCGAUGGGGUGCUGACAUCCAGCUAUGCUCUGGUGGAGAACCACAGGCUGGCGCACUGGGCGUUUGGACCUGUGCGAGUACUCUCCUCAUUCAGCCAGCUACUGUGGGGGGAGACAGGAAAAGAGCAGCAGACCACAGAGGCUGAAACGGCUUGCAUCAAGACUCCAUUUCAUUGUAGCAGACUGGGCUCAAAGGACAAAGCAGGUGUACGUGUGAAUAACGGCACUCUGAUCAAACAAGACAAUCUGAGUGAACCCCUGAGGAUGGAAAUGAAGGAGAAGCAGACAUCAGAGGUGCACUGGUAUGCUAGAUUACUGUACAGUUUGGGAUGUAUCUUUUUAGACUCCGACUCCUUUCAUCCUUAAAAGCCUAAAACUCUACACUCAGCACAUGUCGUACCUCUCAGUGUCUCAGCUUUGAUACAUUUACACUAACACUUCCUGUUCUAUUCUUCAUUUAAUAAAAAGCACUGGAACCGCUUGCUUUGUUUUCUCACCUCUGUUUGCAUUAUCAUCUGUCAUACAUGCUAAUACUUAUGUGAUGUUCUGUAAGAGAUUGAGUUUGAUGGGACAAACUGUCUGAGCGGGUUAAUGUAAAAAAUGGUCAUGCCAUCAUGACUGUAUCAUAGUCUAUUUGUACAUCAUGUUAUUUCUUUAAUUAUUUCAGUUAUAUAUGUAAAAAUAUAUAUAUAUAUGUAUUAUUCUAAUGGGAUAGGAAUGAAUUUUCCCACAACAAUAGAAUCUUUAUUUUUGUACUUUCUGAAUCAUAAUAUAUAAAUGCUUCAUUUUAUAAUAAUUCCACUACAUGUAUUGUUCGUCCUCACGUGUUCUCAUGUCAUAAAACAAAUUAAAAUGACAUUUUAUUAA